GCAGAGGCCUCUGGGCUUGCCUAGUGACCUCUGUUUCCAGAGGAUCCGAAUCGAGCCUCCUGGACUCGGGGGGCCGCAGGAAUGAAGUGGUUAAGAAGGCUUCCCGCAGGUCCGGCGUGGAAUCCGGGUCUGAUGCUCCCUUGCUACCUGUGUGAUCCGACAAGCGACUUAACCCUUCUGAGCCUCCUUGUGAUCAUCUGUAGGAUCGCAGUGAUGAAGAGUCAUCACUGCUUCCUAGGGCUGCUGGAAGGACUAAAUGAAACUGUGCAUAUCAGACCUCUCAUAUGCUAUUAAUAGUUUCCGUGGGUACCUAGUUUGUGCGCGGCAGAUGCCGCGUUGGUCCCUGGGGUUUGCCGCCGGUAGAACAGGUCUCCGUCCGUCCUCAGGCUGCUGGUGCGUAAGAAAAAUGCGUGUGCGCUUAAGGAUGCCCAACACUGGAACACCACUACUGGAUUUGGAAAAGGCAGUUCGUGUUCGAACACAUACACUGAAACUUGGGACAAGAAAUUUACUUAAUUUCUGUGGCCAAAUUAAAGACCUACCAUGACAAUGAAGAAAGAGACUGAAUUUGUCAUUUUCACUUAAAGAAAAAUGAUAAACAAAAAUCAAACCUGUGGCACAGGACAGGAUUCUAUGCCCUAUAUGACUUGUCUGAUUCACAUACUUGAAGAAUGGUUUGGUGUGGAACAGUUGGAGGACUAUUUGAAUUUUGCAAACUAUCUCUUGUGGGUUUUUACACCACUAAUACUUUUAAUACUUCCUUACUUUACUAUCUUUCUUCUCUAUCUUACUAUUAUUUUCUUACACAUUUACAAGAGGAAGAAUGUAUUAAAAGAAGCCUACUCUCAUAAUUUAUGGGACGGUGCAAGGAAGACGGUGGCAACUCUCUGGGAUGGACAUGCGGCGGUUUGGCAUGGUUAUGAAGUUCAUGGGAUGGAAAAAAUACCAGAAGAAGGACCAGCACUUAUCAUUUUUUAUCAUGGAGCUAUUCCUAUAGAUUUUUACUACUUCAUGGCUAAAAUUUUUAUCCACAAAGGCAGAACUUGCCGUGUAGUAGCUGAUCACUUUGUCUUUAAAAUCCCAGGGUUUAGUUUAUUACUUGAUGUAUUUUGUGCUCUACAUGGACCAAGAGAAAAAUGCGUUGAAAUUCUGAGGAGCGGUCACUUGUUAGCUAUUUCACCAGGUGGAGUUCGAGAAGCCCUAAUUAGUGAUGAAACCUACAACAUCAUUUGGGGUAAUCGUAAAGGCUUCGCUCAGGUUGCAAUUGAUGCAAAAGUGCCCAUUAUUCCUAUGUUUACACAAAAUAUUCGAGAAGGAUUUAGAUCACUUGGAGGAACAAGGCUGUUUAGGUGGCUUUAUGAAAAAUUCCGCUAUCCAUUUGCUCCAAUGUAUGGCGGUUUUCCAGUGAAAUUACGUACCUAUUUAGGUGAUCCUAUUCCCUAUGAUCCAAAGAUAACAGCAGAAGAAUUAGCUGAGAAGACAAAGAAUGCUCUUCAAGCUUUGAUUGAUAAGCACCAAAGAAUACCAGGAAACAUAAUGAGCGCUUUGUUAGAACGUUUUCAUAAAAAACAAAAGACCGACUAGAAAAUGAUUUAAUACAUUUAUAUUUUUAUGUUUGUGUCUGGGGUACUGUCCUCUAAAUUUCGUUGGUUCUAUAAUUAGUUUUUUUUUUAAAUGUUAAUAAGCAUCCUAGACUUGAACUCGUUUGUUUAAAAUUGUAUUGUUGAUUUUGUUUUUGCAAUCAAUUGUGUCAAAUUUAAACAGUAAUUCAUUACAUGCCUAAUAAUUCAGGAAAUGAUGUUUCUUUUUAUAAAUUCCUGAUAAUGUAUGAUAAACAUAUAGAUUUUAAAAAUUAAGUUUAUUAAUAACAGCAAUUUAGGUUAAACAAACAUUCCUAAGAUAAUGCAUCUAAUUUCUGUAUCUGUUGCACUGAACUGAUUUUGCAAGAUGGCAUAAUUCAGUACAGACACUGAAGUUAGAGAAAAAAUACUCUUUUAUCUGUCCCUCAUUCCUUUCAUGACCUUGGGCGAAUCAUGUAAUGUUUUUGUGCCUCAACAAUUCACUUUUUAAAAACAUGCUAAUACUUUGUUGAGGAAUAUUAUUUUAAAUUCUUUUUUAAAUUUUAAAUUCUUUGUAUUUGCUGUGACUGAUAACUGUAGAACUGAAAUUAUAACAAACAACACCAAGAAUUUUUAGACAUUUAUGUAUAUACUUGGUCCACAUGAUGUUUAAAUUAUUUCUUUAGGUAUGAUGUCAAGUUGCCAAGCACAAUGGGAAAGAUACACUGUUUUUCAAAUUGAAUAAAAGAGAAAUUAGGAAAAGUAGAAUUUCUAAUAAUUAUUAUUAUUUUUAGUAUUUUAUUUUUUAACGAGAAUCUGUAGAUGUACCAUAUAGGGUAUGCUGUGCAUUGUCAGCUAUGUAACAUUUAAUAGUAUAAGGUUAAAAAUCACUGUUAUGCUCUGCAUUUCGUAUGUUAGAAGUUGAUUCUAGGCUGAUAAAAGCAGAACUAAGAAAGCUCUGCUUUUGCUGAAUACCAUGGCUUAUUCAGUUUGACUUUGCAACCAGUCAAAUGGUUUAUUGUUUCAAUAAAAAUAUACUUGAAUGAUAAAUUUAUGUGAACACAAAACUUUCUGAAAAAUUAAUGGCUUUUGAUUUGUUGUCUCCUUGAUAUCUGAAUUUUUAAAGUAUUUAAAUGGAAGAGAAUCAGAAAUCAAAUGCAGUAUCUUCCUCUUCCUUUUUUAGAUAUUAACUUACUUGGGUUUUUGUAUCAAUUUUUGUAUAACAAGUAUAUAUGUAUGAUAUCUGUAAUGUAUGUAGAAUUAAGCAACAUAAAAUAAAAGUAAAGUUGAAUUGCAAUUCAUUUUCUUGUGAAAUUGCAUAUGUGACUUUUUUUUACUUUAAACUAAUUUUUUGUUUUACUCUUUAUUCAUUUUUCACCUGUAAUCAUGUUCAUCUAUCUCAGCCACAAAGAGUAAACCUUACUUUCUA